AUGAACCCCAACGAUACGCCGCUGCGCGAUGGCAACCGCGACAGGCUGAUGGGCCUGCUGACAGAACGUGCCGCCAAGACGCUGCUGUUCUACUUCACGGAGCUCAACCCCACGCUCAUGCAGUGGCUGGAGUACUACAUGCAGCAGAACCCCAUCCCCAGGGAGGGCAGCUGGGACGACGUGAGCGGCGAGAACUUUCUGCGCAAGCUGCUGAGCAUGCCAGUGGCGCAGACGCAGUGGGACUUCUAUGGCCGUGACAAGAUGUUCUCCAAGUCGUCGCCGCUGGGAGUCGACCCCCGCAACAUCGCGCAGCGCAUCAUGGAGAUCCGGAGCCAGAUAGCCAAGGAGUGGAUAGAGGAGCUGAAGCAGGUGUCCGAGGAGAAUGCCAUUCUGAUGCGUGAGACCGUCACCACUAGCUUCGUGCUGGCAAACCUUGCGGUGGUGGACCCGUCACAGGCACAUGACGGCACGCAUCCGGAGCUGGUGCACCCCGACUUUGCCAAGGACGACGAGUAA